AUGGGCCAGUUCCUGGACGUCCGCGGAGGCACCAUCGAGUACUCCGCACCAGAGGUCCUCGGGCACAACGGGGCCGGAUUCGGCCUGCCGGCGGACCUGUGGGCGCUGGGCGCCGUCCUGUUCCUGAUGCUCACGGGUGAGCCGCUCAUCCAGGUGGAGAACCCGCGAAGCCCCGACGAGGUGGUGCGCCAGAUGCUCCGCCAGGAGGCCAGGGAGAAGGUGUGCGGCCCACGGUACGUCAGGCUGCGGCUACAGGCGGUCUCCAUGCGCAUACCGCUGCCGGCGCUCGACCUGUUGGAGUCCCUGCUGGCCCGCGACCCCGAGAAGCGGAUGACCGCCGCAGAGGCGUUGCGGCACCCGUUCGUGCAGGGUGAGGGCUGCGCCCGCCCGUUGGGCGCACAGUGA